AUGGUAGACAAAAAAGUCACAUGGCUUGGAAGAUAUAGAGUUGCAACAGCAUUAAUACUUGGAGCAUUAGAACUUGCAUAUGUAGUAGCUUUGACUUUGAUUCUAUUAUCUAAUGAAAAUGACUGCGACAUGCCAAUACGACUUUGGCUUCAAGUUUUAUUGUCAGUCUUCUGUUUCCAUUUGAUCUUGCUGGUUGCUGCAGAAAUUAGCACUCCUCAUUGCUCUUAUCAUCUCUCGAAUUCGCUUAGUUUAUUUUCAGCCUCUUUAAAUGCAAUCCUUGGAACUUUUAUGGUAGUGUGGUUUAUUUUAGGAAAUAUUUGGUAUUAUAGUGCAAACAGCUCAUGCAAAGAUGACUUUUAUGAGGGUUAUAUGGCUACUUUUGUGAUUUUAAUUGUUUAUUAUGUAUUUCUGGCAUCGGCAUGCUGCAUGGGGUGCUUACUGAUUAUUUUGAUUAGCCUUGGCAGUGGAAUCACUAGUAAAGCAGCUGAUUAUUAA